AUGCUGCACGCUGCGCUGGUGUGGACCCUUGUCGCUGGCCUCCUGGCUGCCAUGCUCUUCGUAGCUCAUCGCAUCCGCCACGCGCUUCGUCCUCCGCCUCGAGUGCCGCUGCGGCCCGCCGUCACCGCCGACUCCCAGGGGAGGAAGAAGAGGGUGGCGGUGAUCGGGGCGGGCUCGUCAGGCAUUGCGGCCGCCAAGUGCGCCAUGGAGGAGGGCUUCGACGUGGUCACCUUCGAGCAGACCGACAGCAUUGGAGGCAACUGGGUGUUUAGGGAACACGAGAGCCACAGCAGCGUGUACCGGACGACCUCGAUCAACACGUCCAAGGACAUGAUGAGCUUCGCCGACUUCCCCAUGCCCAAGCACCUCGCCCCGUUCCCCGAGCGCGACGAGCUUUGCCAGUAUUUUGAGUCGUACGCCGACCACUUUGGGGUGCGUAAGACGAUCCUGUUCAAUACCAAGGUGCUCCACGCACGCCCGCGGAACGAGGACCGCCAGUGGGAGAUCACCCACCAGACCAACGACGACGAGCCCCGCACCGAGGUGUUCGACUUUGUCAUGGUCGCCAACGGUCAUCACUGGAACCCUCGCUGGCCUUCGUUUGAGAAUAUGGACACGUUCACGGCCACGCAGCAGCACUCGCACACCUACAAGGAUCCGUACCCGUUCAAGGACAAGGUUGUGGUGCUCGUGGGCAUCGGCAACAGCGCCGUCGACGUGGCCACCGAGGUCUCGCGCUGGGCCAAGUCCGUCUAUCUCGUCACCCGCAGGGGGGCCUGGGUCCUUCCCAAGUACGUCUUCGGCAAGCCAAUCGACCACACCGUUUCGAGGCUGCAGCAACUGAUGCCCGCGUUCCUCUUCAACCGUAUGACGAAGCUACUCAUCAAGCUGACGCACGGAGAUAUGGAGAAGUGGGGACUGAAGCCCAAGUUCGAUCCUCUUUCAUCCCAUCCGACGGUGUCGUCCGACUUUCUGCCGCGCAUUGGGACGGGCAAGGUCAUCGUCAAGCCCAACAUCAAGCGCCUCGUGCCUCGCUCCGAUGUGGUCGAAUUCGAAGACAACACCUCCGUGCGCUGCGAUAACAUCAUUUAUGCGACGGGCUACAAGGUGUCGUUCCCGUUCUUCGACGACGACAUGAAGCUCGUGGACGAGGAGACCAACCGCGUCAGCUUCUACAAGCUGGUCUUCCCGCCCAACCACUCCAAUCUGUACAUUUUCGCCGCGCCCAUCGUCGCUGGCGUUCAUCGGGCUCAUCCAGCCGCUGGGCGCCAUCUUCCCCAUCGCGGAGAUGCAGUCUCGCUGGGUGGUGAAGGUGUUCUCCGGCGCGGUGCCGCUGCCCGCAGCCGAUGCCAUGUGGCGCGACAUCCGCGCGAGGGAGAAGGCGAUGGCUCUCCGCUACACCGCGUCGCCUCGCCACACCAUCCAGGUCGACUACCUGCCCUACAUGGACGAGCUGGCCGACGAGAUUGGCGUGCGCCCGAACGUCUGGGGCCACCCGGGACUCGUGGGUGCUCUCCUGCUCGGCCCGACCACCCCAAUUCAAUACCGACUCGAGGGACCGGGGGCGUGGGCCGGCGCACGCGAAGAGAUUCGCUCCAAGUACAACGAUGA